AGUUAUGAGACAUAUCUGGAGACAGCAGAAUGGUUGUUAUCGAGGACUAAACAUCGACCAAAGGUUGCAAUAAUCUGUGGCUCUGGGCUGGGAAUGCUUGCUGAGACAUUCACCGAUCAGGAGACCUUCAAAUACACUGAUAUUCCCAACUUCCCUAAAAGCACAGUGCAAGGACAUGCUGGCCAACUUGUAUUUGGAGAGCUGAAGGGGAAGACUUGCGUCUGCAUGCAAGGGCGUUUCCAUAUGUAUGAAGGAUACCCACUCUCAAAGGUGACUUUCCCUAUCCGGGUGUUCCGACUGCUGGGUGUGGAAGUCCUGAUUGUGACCAAUGCCGCUGGAUCAAUAGCAGAUGAUUACAACACAGGAGACCUCAUGAUCAUCAAGGAUCACAUCAAUAUGCCCGGCAUGGCAGGGCAGCAUGCUCUCCAAGGACCUAACGAUGAACGGUUUGGUUCCCGCUUUCCCCCCAUGUCUGAUGUAUAUGACAGAGCCCUGGGCAAGCUGGCUCUGGAUAUAAGCACUGAGCUGGAUUGCAGUAACUUAAUGCAUGAAGGUGUUUACUGCAUGGUUGGAGGCCCCAGCUUCGAGACAAUUGCUGAAGCACGUCUUCUUCACAAGCUCGGAGCUGAUGCUGUGGGAAUGAGCACCGUUCCCGAGGUCACCGUUGCUAGACACUGCGGCCUGCGAGUGUUUGGACUCUCCCUGAUCACCAACAAAGUGACGAAGGAGUAUGACAGCACUGAAGCGGUGGAGCACAAAGCUGUUCUGAGUAUUGGCAAAAUGAGGGCCGGGGUGGUGCAAAACCUGGUACUGGAGUUGGUGGGUCGCGUGGAUCUGACACCCACGAGGCUGCAAGACAUCCAAGAAAAGCAAAUACAAUAGAACUCCGAUAAUACAGUAUCAGACCAUUGGGAAAUCCCAAUGGUUCAAUGUCUAGCUCAUCAGAUAACGUUUGCCGCGUCCCCAUUGCCAUGCUCCCUUCAAACCGACCAAUGCUCCAUUUCCUGCACUCCUCUUAAAUUUACCAGGUUCACCGGGAAAUUAUAACACAAUGUAACCUCGAAAAAAAAAGUUAAUGAAAACGUGUUGGUAGAUAGUUUGAACAACAUCCAUAAAAUCUGCCUGUCUGGCACUAAAGUCCCGAGCGUGCUGGAUUAUCUGAGUUUCACUGUACAUUGUAGUUUUUGCAACAAGAUUUGCUCACAUGUAACUGAAAAUUGAAUGUUAGAUUGUUUCACUUUGGUGGCUGUCUUGCACAGCUCUUUAAAACUACGAAUGAAAU